AAAAGAAUUCGUGUUGAGUAGUGCCAGCUCAUGGAGUAUAACCAUUCUCUACAUUAAAAAAAGUGCAUGAAUAGAGAUCGCGUCGUCGCCAAGAGAUCCUAGUUCGAAAGAGGUAGAGUAAGGGAGAAGUUGCAUCGAUUCACGGGUUUGGAAAUAACGGCGAAUAGGCCGUUGCCGGAGCUCUAGUCAUCAGCGUGUGGUAUACGAAGGAUCGGCGCCACUCUCGAGCGGAGCAGACGAGGGCUGAAGCUUGGCAUUGGCGGUAUUGCUUUUCAUCAGACCUCCGACUGCACGGUUUGUGGCUAAGUGUUAAUGUGUUAACCUGUUGCGACGUAAAAUUUUUCUGAAGAAUUAUCCAACAAGGCUUCCCAAGCACAAGGGAAGGAUUCUCUGAUGUUGCCAAAUAACGUCGUUUCGUUCAUGAAAAAGAUGGUGAAGAAUCCGGAUACUGGUCAACAAGAUAACACUAUGGUUUCUACAAAUAAGUUAACACGGUUAAAACAAACAUUGACGAUUGGAUUUCAACAAGCCCAAGAUUCUGUGGCAAAGUUUUCACCGAAAAGCAUCAACGUUGGAACAGCCGAUAAUACAAGCCAUCAGAUGAAUAGUAAAGAACUCCAUAACGGUAUUACUACUUUUGUAUCUGCCGAUCCUUUAGACAAAGACGCUUUGAAUCCACAACCUGCCUUGUUAGAUAUCGCUGUCAGGACCAAAAGUUGUUCGGGGCCACCAAAUCGGUUAACGUCUUGUCGAGUCUGCGUCCGAAGUUUAUCGAUCGGAAACAGCGAUGUCAGUUACAGGUUAUGUUCACAAUGUAAUCUGAAGGUCUGCGAGGAUUGCGCUUCCUAUUCGGAUAUAGAUAACGACAUUGAGAAGACCUUUUGGCGCUGUAGUGUUUGCCGCAGAAGAAACCAUGGAACUGCCUCCCCAAUGUUGUCAAUUCAGGGAAUUGAAGGUACAGGCGUUGCACGCCAACAGUCAACCACUAUGGCUCAUCGAUGGAGUGAGGAGAAGAACAAUUCUCAUUCAAUGUCAAACGAUGACUACAACAAAAGAUCCAAAGUACUCGGCACUAAUAUAACGCCAGGGUCAGCACCAGUUUCUCGACGUGAACGACGAAGUACUUCAGGAGAAAGUGGUGUUUCUUCUGACCAGAAAUACUUAACGAACGUCCCUCCUAUGAUUCAAGUGGAAUCAAAUAAAUAUGGUCACGGAAAGAGCAUGGAACAAAUUCAUAUUACGAAUGGUAGAGGAAAUGAACAAAGAAUUUCUGAUAGAAGUCCCAAUCGACUGAAUCAGCCACGUGAGAUUGUUAGGUCAAUUUCGGCCUCAGAAAGCUCCCCAGAAGAAAUGACAGAAACGAAGAAACAGUAUGAACGUGAAGUCGGCAGCAUCAAUUCAAGGAGAAGUGCAUCUGACAUAUACUUUACUGAAUCAUCGUCGCGCCGCUCUUCUUGUCGGAGAUCAUUUCAGAAUCAAACUCGCGACCAGACCGUUUACUUGUCAGCAGACGAUGCGAGCCUCAGUCGUUUGAAUCCACAGCGACGUUACAGUUCAGAAAGCUCAGAUGCUAGUGAUACUAGCGGUACUUCAGGAACACAGCGUCGGACUUCACAAGAAGAAACUGAAGAAGUUGGGUGUUAUCGUGCUUCAUUGCUUCCUUCAACACGUCGUCGCCUGUCAUUUCGCAGUAAUCGCACGUGUCACUUUUAUGAUUUUGAUGGAACUGACGGCCGCGAUACCGAAGAACAAUCUCCGGAAGCAAUUGUAACUUCUCCAACGGCAAAUGUCAGUGUUAAUAGAUCAUCACGUCGCUCAUGCUCGGAUAUACCUCAGCUAAGCAGCAACAGCAAGGAACUUGUUACUAUGGUUUCAGCAACAAGUAAUCAUCAUGGGUUACAGUCACCCCGUGUGUCUGAUAUGUACGAAGGUGUAACUGACGAGCGAAAAGUGUUGAACCGAAAGGUUUCGACCCAAUUAAGUGAUCCACCAAUGAUCCGUAAUAGGUCACAGUCCCCUCGCCCGUCAAUUGCGUCCAGUCGCAGUGCAUCAGAUCACAGAUCGAUUGAACGAGAGGCUAUUCGUAUCGUAAUUGAUGACGUUGACUGUCCACUUAAUUGUCAGGCAGUACCUCAAACAACGCACGAAAAAACUUCAUCAACUCUUACCGUAUGUUUACUCCGUGAUUCAAAUUUUACUGGACAGGGUUUUACGGCGGGUUUUGGUUUGUCAUUAAUGAUCAAAUCAAAUGUUGUCAUCAAUAGAAUCGAUUCCAAUGGACCAGCUGACCGCGCAGGACUUCGAUGCGGCGAUAUUGUUCUUUCGUGGGAUGGCGUCCAACUUGUAGGUUGGAACUUUGGAUUUGAGGACAUUGAACAAGAGCUGCAGCACAGUGGAGACAGCAUACACAUACAAGUAUUACGCGAUUCCUUCAUCGAAGAAUUUUCGAUACCACAUCCAAAACAAUCCAUCACCUACGAACAACACGAACAAUCGUCAACGCGACCCAAUAAACUUACAACAAACCCUAUAGUUCUUGAUGUGGUAUCAUCAGGUCGGUCUACACCUCCUUCACCUACACGUCGCCGCCUUCCUAGGGCACCAACAGGAAUAGCAAGGGCUAGCACGGAUUCACUCAUUUCCUUUGAUUACCGAGUUCAGUUGCAGUUUAAUUGCAGCAUUGAGCGGAACGGUAACGUGUGUAUGGUGAUCACUGUUAUCGAAGCUGAAAAGUCAAUUACAACUAUAAAACAGUCACAUGAUAUGGAGGAAAGCAAUGAGGAAAAUGAGAUUUUGUGGAUCAAGAUGGUUCUUUCAUUGCCAAGUGGGGCAAGCAGAAAAUUUGUGACAGACAGGGUGCAGUCUUCGUACGGUUUACGAUGGAACUCUUUCUUCACAUGUUCCGAUCUGACGGCUGAAGAUAUUUCACGGUCACAAUUACGUAUGUCACUUUGGGCCGACUAUUGUCAAAAGGGAGAAACAAAAAUCGCUGAGGCAAAUCUAGAAUUCCAAAACAUCACAAUGGAUGGCAGACCAACAUGGUUUCUUCUCCGCCAGUGUGACACGGCACUAUUUACAUCUCGACGUCUGUGUAAGGCCAUGUCCUAUGAUAAAACAAAUCAACAGCCGAUCUACAACCUGAGUCGUAACAGUUCUGAGUUAAGUGUUGAUAAUGGCAGUCAAUCACCGACAUCGUCGCAUCAAACAACUCCUACCCCUCCAAGCACAAGUUUGCCCCGAUCUCGUUCUGCUGAAAUAUGUCAACUUCUCCUUCAACCGGAAGCCCCAGGUUGGUCAAUGUCUGGAUUGUCAGCACCAGCAUCACUUGCACCAUCCCGACGUGGUUCUUCUUAUAAUUGUGACGAGGAAUUGCAAGUACCAAGUUCAUCUCCUUCGUCACGCCGUGGAUCAUCUGUAUUUAAUGAUGAGAAUGAAAUGACCAACAUAGAGAAAGUUCACCAGAAACUUUCACCUUCAAUUGCACAACAUGUAGACCAGUCAGCUAUUCAACAUAAUAGAUUACCGAUCUCCCAAUGGCGAAGUCAAAGUUUCCGAACAGAAACAAAGCACAAUCAACAUCUUUCCCAAAAUUUGACUUCCAAGCGAGCUGAUAGAAUUCAUAAUAGUUCUGCUCUGGAAUUUGGUUUUGGACAAAUUCUUCCAGGUCAAGCGAUGUUGGACAGAGAAACAACCAUCCUAAAAACAAAUUUUGAAUCAUGUGGCCAGAUAAAACUGGGAUUAAUUCUCACCCAAAAGGAAUUAGAAGUUGAAGUCAUCUCAGUUCGCAACUUGCCCGUUGUGGGGAAAAAUGGAAUCCAGCCAGAUACAUAUGUUAAGGUAACAAUUUGUGACGCCAAAAGAAAUUUUAAUUCAAGAAAAACAAGAACAAUGAGACAGACUUGUCAUCCAGAAUUCCACCAGACGUUACUUUUUGACACAUGCAAUGAUAAAAAUGCUACUGUUGUAGUAGAAAUACGACUUAAAGAAGAAAUUAGCACUGGGAAAUCUAUUUGCGGUUCUCCAGCUCUUUCACCCACACACAGCGCCACAAAUGUAUCAUCACAGGACUUACCAACGUUGGGAUUAGUUCACAUAGCACUGAAUCGUUUGACAUUGUCGACAUUAACCAUAUCUUGGUAUCGGCUAAUCCCAACCUAUAUGGUAAAUUCAACCAAUAUUUUUCAAUCGGAUGUUUCACCGUAACGUACAAGAUAUUUUAGCAUUUCUUUUUGUUUGAUGGCAAAAUGGUCCUUUUUUUAAGUUCUGUUUCAACUAUGAUGUUCUUUAUUACAUGAAAUUGUUUUCUACCUAUUAUGGAUGACUAGCACUAAUUACAAAAAUCCCUGACGGAUGUUUUGGAAGUUACUCCGAGAGAACAAAAGAAAUUGAAAUGAUCCAAAAUUUAAUUUUUAUUUGUUUACCCAAACUGAUUUAACACAAUUUUAUAUUUAAAAAUUUCACCCAGAAAGAAGUUACGUUUCAAAUUGAAGUUUUUGAAAUAUCCUACUACUAUUUACAUAAAUUAUCUUAAGUUAUCCACUUUUUUCAUUACGUUUUCGUAAACGUCCCCUGUUUUGGUUAUGUAUGAUUUGGUAAAACGAAAAGGAAUUAUGUUUUCAUUUCCCCUGAAAUCCAAAAUGAACUGGUUUCCGAAUCUCCGUCUUUUAAUUAAUGCUAUUGAUUGAAAAAUUGCUUGUUUAUCUAUUCACUUUCAAAAUAAGUUCUAUCGAGAUCAGUUUACGUAUCGUGACCUACCCUAAAUUUAUUUAGUUUUAUGUGGUUUCAAGAACCUCUCUAAAAAUAUAUUGAACUUAAAAUUGUUUAUUGGCUUUCAAUUUAUGCUUAAUGUAUUGUUGCCUGGGUGUAAAGUAUCUAUUCCUCUUUGUCAGCCUUGUAAACGAUAAUCUCACUUAUACAAUACAUUGUUAAGUCACGUGUAAAAAAUUUAAUAAAACGUACUGGUUAAAAA